CACGAAUCGUCCACCUGCGAAUGUGUCGCUCACUAUUGCACUAAUAUAUCUGGUUCACAGAAAGUUGUUUUGAAACGUUUGCAGCAGUCAUCUACCUCAGAAUAAGCCCUCUUUACGCCUUGUACGCUACUCUGAAUGUUUUAGGGACGUGGGCUCUGUUGGGAGUUCUUAGGACGUCGUUUCUGGAGUGGCUAGAGACUACCGGGCGAUCAGCUGACGUGGGCGAUCGCGAUCAGCUGUCAUAGAUGCCCCCCUCCCACCCUCAACUACCAGCCACUUUCCAACUUUCACCUGUAGGGAAUAUUGUUGCAUUUUCAAGCGUCAAGUUAGGUAAAUGUUCUCAUAUCGUGCACACAAGUCUUAGCAUACUUGGUCACAGAGUUUAUCUAUAAAUUAAGUCCUUGAAUAUUGUCAAGAUGUCUCUGGAGUCGAAAGUAGAAGACAUGAUCACGGACGCCAAGGCGCUGAUGGACAGAGCGAAAGAGCUACAAGUGGAGGGGUGCGUCAAGCUGCAGAGGAGGAUCAAGGCUGAACUAGCAUAUCUACAAAAGCUCCAGAAGAGCUCCAUGGAGCUGAAGGAGAACCACCUGCGGAGUUCUAACCUGACCCACCUGCGAGCUAUCAUCACCACAGCAGAGUCCCUCCCUGCCAUCAGCAGCCUACUACACCCCUUCCACUUCACCGACCAAUCAGGCAACAGGGUGACUCUGACUGUAGAUGUGGCAGCCAAUCACGGCCUGACAUGGGUGAAGGUCAUUGCCAGGAAGGCACAAGCAAUGCAUGUCAUUUGGCUGGGAGAGGGCCAGUAUGGAGAGAAGAGUGUGAUAGACCAGGCUGAGGACUACAUUGCAGCUGCUGCUGACAAUCCUCUCAAGUUUUCUAUCCCUCAGGUCGUCUUCUCCUUCUUCAAUGGAAUAACACAGCCAAUAGCAGAAAAACUACUUGAACUAGGAGUCCAAGUAAAAGGAGAGAUCAUUGCAGUUGAAGGGGAGACUGCAGAAGAUGAUGAUAGUGAUGAUGAUGAAGAAGAGAACAGCUGUCACUCCUCUGUAUCCUCCUCCUCCUCUGGACCCCUCCACACCAUGCCACCCCCGCGGACUGAAUGCCAGUGCCUGAACUUAGAUGUAACAACCCUGCUGGCCAUGGUGUCAGCACUCACAAACGGGAGGAGUAGCUUCAGAUUUCAGGAGCCCAUCUUGAACCAACAAGCAGAGUGGGAGAGGGAGAGACCUUUAUUAUCAGAGUUGAACAAAUAUAUAAAAGGUAGAGAACUAAUUGCCUGUGAGUCAGCAGUACGAGACUUCCAUGCCAUCCUGUCCACAGUGGGAGGGGUGGAGGAGAAAGAUAGGGCAAAACAGCUUCUUCAGAAGGUCAAGGUAGUGGCAGACCAGCCCUCAGACAGGGCGGAGAGGCUGGAGCUGAGUGGCCGGGUCAAGGAGAGGGCAAAGGUGAUAUUUGGAACUGGGGAUAGCCUACAUGCUGUGACUGUCACUGCAAACUCUUCUUUCGUCAGGGCUGCUGCUAACCAGGGUGUUGUCUUCAGUGUAUUUGAGCACGAGUCUAGAGCUCUGACCGAGCAGAAAGAGAAGACAGCAACACUGCUGGAUGCAGAGGACGAAUAGGGUAGUUGGAAGUGCCAGCUAAAGGAGAUAUCACAAUUGUGCUGUGCGAGGACUGUUCUGACUACAGCAUUUUAAAACAAAAUGGUCCUGUACUUUAAUAAUAUUAUGUGUCAGAGCCAAGGGCAAUGAACCUGCUCAUGUAUUUAAUUGUUUGUCAUCAGUUAUCUGAAGGGAUGAUAAAAACAAGA